UCUCUCUCUCUCUCUCUCUCUCUCUCUCUCUCUCUCUCUCUCUCUCUCAUUCAAGGUUCGAGCACGUGAACAUGGAGGAAGUCGACGAAACAGAAGCCAAGCCUCAGGUCUACAUGGCUUGCAUAAUGCAUGGUCAUCGAAUUGGAGUUUCUUAUUACGAUUCAAGCCUCCGCCAACUUUAUGUGAUGGAAGUUUGGGAAGACGGAGGUGAAGAUUUCCCCCUAAUUGAUAUGGUAAAAUAUCAAGCCAAGCCCCUGAUCAUUUACACAAGCACUAAGAGUGAGGAGUCUUUUAUGACUGCAUUACAGAAAAAUGAUGGAACAUGUGAGGCUCAACUGAAGCUUAUGAAAAGUUCAAUGUUCAGCUAUGAGCAAGCAUGGCACAGAUUGAUAUACCUCCGAGUCUCAGGAAUGGAUGAUGGGUUAAACAUCAAGGAGAGAAUUUGUUAUCUAAGUUCUAUGAUGGACAUUCGAAGUGAUGUUCAAGUUCGUGUGAGUGGAGGGCUUCUGGCCAUAUUGGAGAAUGAAAGGAUUGUAGAUACCUUAGAACAACAGGAAUGUGGGAAUGCAGCAAUUACAAUCGACUCUGUCACCGAGAUUUCACUAAACAAGUUUCUUAAAGUAGAUGAAGCUGCUCAUGAGGCUCUGCAAAUAUUUCAAACAGACAAACAUCCAAGCCAUAUGGGCAUUGGCAGAGCAAAAGAAGGUUUCUCUGUAUUUGGGAUGAUGAACAAGUGUGUAACGCCAAUGGGCAGACGUCUCUUGAGGAGCUGGUUUCUGAGGCCCAUACUAGACCUUGAUAGCCUCAACUAUCGUCUUAAUGCUAUAUCAUUCUUCCAUUGUUCUGAAGAACUAUUGGCUUCUUUACGGGAAACUCUGAAGUCCGUGAAGGAUAUCCCCCACAUACUCAAGAAAUUCAACUCCCCAAGUUCUGCAUGUACACCUGGUGAUUGGACAGCUUUUUUGAAGAGCAUCUGUUCGCUCCUACAUGUGAACAAGAUAUUUGAAGUUGGGGUUUCUGGAAGUCUUCUAGAACAAGUGAAAUAUUUGAAAUUGGACAUCAUUCAAAAGGCUGGUUCAUGCAUUUCGACGGAUCUAGCCUAUGUAUAUGAAUUGGUAAUUGGUGUUAUCGAUGUAAGUAGAAGCAAAGACAAGGGUUACAUGACAAUGGUGAAAGAAGGGUUCUGUGAUGAGUUAGAUGAGUUGAGGCAAAUUUACGAGGAAUUGCCAGAAUUUCUGGAAGAGGUGUCAUCGUUGGAACUUGCAAGACUUCCUAUUGUGUCUGGAGAAAAGUUUCUUCCUUGCAUUGUUUAUAUACAUCAAAUAGGAUACUUUCUGUGCAUUUUUGAACAAAAGCUUGAUGAAACCACGCUAGAAACUCUUCCAGAUUUUGAAUUUGCAUUCUCAGAUGAAGACAGAGACACGAAAAAGUUUUUCUAUCGCACUUCAAAGACACGGGAGUUGGACAACCUUCUUGGGGAUAUAUACCACAAAAUCCUAGACAUGGAAAGGGCAAUUACUAGGGACUUGGUAUCACACAUUAUUCCAUUCUCAGUACAUCUUCUGAAGGCUGUGAAUUUUGCAGCUGAAAUUGAUUGCUUUUUAUCACUUGCAUUAGUUGCUCGUCAAAAUAACUAUGUGAAGCCGACUCUGACAUUGGAAGAGUUGCUUGAUAUACAGAAUGGAAGACAUGUUUUACAGGAAAUGACAGUAGACACCUUCAUUCCCAACGAUACAAAGAUUCAUGAUGAAGGGAGGAUAAAUAUCAUUACUGGCCCCAAUUAUUCAGGAAAAAGUAUCUACGUAAAACAGGUAGCUUUAAUUGUUUUCCUUGCCCACAUUGGAAGUUUUGUACCCGCGGAUGCUGCUACUGUGGGCUUGACCGAUAGGAUAUUCUGUGCCAUGGGAAGCAAACAUAUGACUGCUGAACAAUCAACAUUUAUGAUAGAUCUGCAUCAGGUGGGAAUGAUGAUAAGGCAUGCGACUUCACGAUCUUUAUGUUUGUUAGAUGAAUUUGGUAAAGGCACCCUUACUGAAGAUGGCAUUGGACUCCUUGGUGGAACUAUUAGCCAUUUUAGCAAUUGCUAUGACCCUCCAAAGGUUUUGGUUUGCACUCACUUGACAGAGAUAUCUAGUGAUAGUUUCUUACCAGAGUCUGAUAAAAUUAAGUAUUACACCAUGAGUGUCCUAAGACCCGACAAUGGUACAGAUCUUGAAGAGAUUGUAUUUCUUUAUAGGCUUGUUCCAGGACAUGCACUUCUUAGCUAUGGGCUGCAUUGUGCACUACUCGCCGGUAAGAUUCAAAUUAUAGCUGUCAUUUUGCUGCAGAAAAGUAUGGUUGGUGUGCCGGAGGAAGUUAUAAAGAGAGCAGCAUCUGUAUUGGAUGCCCUUGGAAAUAAUAAGCACGUCGAGCGAGUGUGCACCAGUGAGAUAUCAGCUCAAGAUCAGCAAUACAAGGAUGCAAUUGACAAGAUGUUAUCCUUUGAUCCUCUUAAUGGUGAUCUGAACCUCUUCUUCAAGGAGAUCUUUCCUUCUUCCAUUCCUGAAGACACCAAAGCUGCUACUUAUCUCAUGGAUACAGGAAUGUCAUCAUGAAAUGCUACUGUUAAUCACAUACUGUUUAUAGAACCAAUCAAACAGGAAGAAACAACAUUUCUUUUGCUCUGAAUAUGGAGCAAUUUUGAAGUGAAGGAAAACAAAUGGACCUUUUCGUCAA